UUUACUGACCGUUCAAAGGCGGUACCUAAUAAGCCUUGAUAAAAAUUGUUGUUGUUUUUUGUGGAGUUUUAUGCUGUUGUUCUAUGUUUCUGGUCUGUGAUUGUUUUGUUGUUUGUGUUCUUUGUCUUUGUCUUUGACCAGUUGCCAUUUAUAUUUGAUUUUUUACUGUGCUUUUUUUGUAGUUUGUCAUGUUAAAUGUAUCCUUCUGUUAAAAUAUUGGCAUUAAGAAUCAGUUGCUUUAUUCUGUGAUAUUGCAAUUGACUUGCUGAAAACUGUUUGAAAAUCAUGAUUCAUCCCCCAAGAAAACCAUCCGCGGCCUCCGACAUUACCAUCAGUCAAAAACGGUGUUAAAAUAAAAUGCAUUGUAGCAUAUUUGCAUUUCGAGUAGGACAAUAAAAGAACCAUUUUAAUGCAAGAACAAAACAUCAACAUGUAUUUUAAUUAUCUUCUUGCUACUCUCAGAUUGGGUUUUCCGUAUUUGCACUUCUAGUUCGCGUUUGUUUUAAGUUAAACACAUUUUUUCAGAUUCUUGAGUCUACCUGUGACGUUGACAUUACGUAUUUCCCGUUCGACGUACAGGAAUGCCCCAUAAAGAUCACAGCCUGGAGCUUCUCCGAAAACGACGUGAAGAUCCUCAAGGAAAAGGAUCAGAUAGGUCAACGCGAGUACGAGGAAAACGCUAUGUGGACUCUGAUUGGUUCUUCCGUUGAACAAGAAAAGACAGGGGAUUCUUCAAUUAUCUUCAAAAUAAAAAUGAAGAGAAAGCCGAGCCACUUCGUCAUCAAUAUAAUUACCCCUCUUUUGCUUCUUUCGUUCUUGGCAAUUCUCACGUUCGUGCUGCCUAUCUCGUCGGGAGAGCGUGCCUCGUACGCAGUCACCAUUUUUCUGUCAAUAGCAGUUUUUCUGACUAUUGUUUCGUCCGAACUACCGAGUAGUUCUGAUGAUGUUCCAAUACUUUCGAUAUUCCUGGCAAUCUUGUGUGUUGAUACUACUGCUAUUGUUGUUGUAUCAUUGUUUCAACUGAGACUUCUCACAAGAGAUGAAAUCGACCAGCCUGUCGGCGGAUGUUUUAAGGUCAUAUACAACAUUACCAUGGCAAUACGGUGCAAAAUGGGAGGAAGAAAAAGAAAGCACAGUUUCAACAUAGAAAGCAAGGGAGUUGACGUAAAGGCCAACAGCAUAUCAUGGAAAGAAGUUGUUAAUGCUCUUGAUUAUCUGUUAUUCUGGUUUUUUUCUCCUCUUUACUGUGGCUGUCACUACAUACUAUUUUGUUGUCUGUACUACGAACCAACCAGCGGAACAAAACUCGCAAUAAUUUAAAACUUAAUUAUAUAUGGUUGUUAAGGCAUCGAAAUGUUGUACCGAUUUCGAUUUGAGAAUGGUUUAACGUACUCGUUAUACUUACUGUAUGCCACAGGAUAAUAAGCUAACUUAUGUACGUUCAUAACAAGGAAAUAUUCAAUACAAAAUAAUGCCUUAUAUAAUAAUUUCUUGAAAAUAGAAAACCGUUUUAGCCGAUGCUAGAUGACAUUCGCAGUUUUGAAUCUUUAAUUUCUGUCAAACAACAUCUCCACCUAAACCGAAACUGCUUUUUUCAGUCUUGGAUAUAGUUUCGACGACCGAAGGACCUCACUUUUAAACUGUGUUCAUAGCAUUCCUUUCUCUUGAUAUACCAACAAGACAAAUGUGAAAAAUACAAUCAAAUGUUGGAUAUGGAUCAAGCAAGGGUCGAUAUUAACUAUAUUUCCAAAUGAGCAUGAGAGGACUCGAGCAGUUGAAAUUGAGUGUUUUUCAAUGAAGUCAGUUGUCCUUUAGAAUAUCAAUUCUAGUAUAUGCGGAUUUGCUUUCAUUAAAUUAAAAUGAAAUCAAUUUAAGCUACGAUUAAUUCCUAACCGGCAGUCGAUAAUGAAAAGCAAUGGUGUGCACUGACGUCAAGCGGAUGAAAGUUGGUUCAUGACGUAAGCUUAAACGAAAUAGUAUUGAAACAUGUUUGGGAACCCAUGUGCUUGCAAUUGUCUAACACAGAGACUAGUUUUAUCGAUUUGAUACUUUAACUAACGUAGAAAGAAAUAGACGAAAAAAUUUGGAAUGAACAAAUAAAGUGUUGCGCAAUGAAAUUGUGGACAGAUGUAUCUUUGGUUUACAUGAGUUUUUUCCCCUUAUUUUCAUUAUAUAUCCCUCUCUGCAUAUAUACUAUUUUGUAUUCUCACCACAAUAUUAAU